UCCCGAACCGAACUGGUUCGGACUCGAAGCUAGACUUAGCCCAGCUAGUUGGCAUUGUAUAUUUCAUGCAGCUCGUUAACUUUCACUUUGGUUACAAGGGGCGGAGACAAAGGCAAAAGCAAAGGCAACGGAUUAUAACAGCAGUAGCAGGAUCUAAUCGGGAUCGGAAUCGGGAUCGGGAUCGGAAUCCGGGAGUGAUGUGAACAAUAAAGACAAUGACAAUGCCUUCCAAAUACGAGCGCAUAUUGAGUGACUGCAGGGCGAAGAACGUGCUGUGGGAAGAUCCCGAUUUCCCCGCCGUUCAAUCGUCCGUCUUUUACUACCAGACGCCACCGUUUACCUUUCAAUGGAAACGGAUAAUGGAUCUAGCCGACAAUGGGUCUGCAUCGGGAUCAACAUCUGCAUCGGGAUCUGCAUCUGCAUCAGCAUCUGGAUCUGGACCAGUCUUCCUCAACGAGACGGCCGAGUUUGAUGUGGUGCCCGGAAAGAUGGGCGACCGCUGGCUGGUCUCCUGCCUCGGCCUGCUGAGCUCCUUGAGGAACCUCUUCUACCGGGUGGUACCAGCCGACCAGACACUGGCCAGUGCCCACGGCGUCUUCCGCUUCCGCCUGUGGUGGUGCGGCGAGUGGGUGGAGGUCCUGGUCGACGACCGCCUGCCCACCAUUAAUGGACGGCUGGCCUUCAUGCAGCCGCAGUCGUCGAACUGCUUCUGGGCUGCCCUGCUGGAGAAGGCCAUCGCCAAGCUGCACGGCUCCUACGAGGCCCUCAAGUACGGCACCCGCUCCGACGGCCUCACCGACCUCCUCGGCGGCGUCGUCCGCCAGAUGCCGAUCCUGGCCGACACUGUCCGGCCGCAGACGCUCAAGGAGCUGCUGACCACCACAUGCAUCGUGACCUGUCUGGCGGACACGGGUGCCUCCGUGGCCAAGAAGAACGUCGCCGAGCGAAUGCCCAAUGGGAUACUGGUGAACGUAAACUAUAGACUCUCCAGCCUGGAUAAAGUGAAGAGUCUGAUGGGGGACUUGGUGCAGCUGAUCUGCCUGAAGGACACGUUCUCGAGCAAGCCCUUCGGAGAGAAGACGCACUUCCUCGGCGACUGGUCGCCGUCGUCGAAGACGUGGGAGCGGGUGUCACAGGUGGAGAGGGCGCGUCUGGUGCGCCUGCUGGCGCCCGGCGAGUUCUGGAUGUCGUUUGCCGACUUUGAGGAGAUCUUCACCACGAUGGAGGUGGUGUACCUGGACACGGAGACGGCCAACGACGAGGAGAUGCUCAAGAGUCGGCCUCUCCACUGGAAGAUGAAGAUGCACCAGGGCCAGUGGAAGCGGGGCGUCACGGCCGGCGGCUGUCGCAACCACGAGUCCUUCCACAUCAACCCCCAGCUGCUGGUAUCCGUGCAGGAGCGUCAGGAUCUGGUGGUGGCCCUCAACCAGCACACGGCCGUGGAGCCCAAGGUCAUCGGCUUCACGAUGUACACAUGGGACGGCGACUACGGGCUCAGCGAGUGCCUGCAGAAGGACUUCUUCAAGACGCACGUGAGCUUCCUCAACUCGAACUACGGCAACACGCGCCACGUCAGCUACCACACGCACCUGGAGCCGGGCCACUACGUGCUCAUCCCCACAACCUACGAGCCGGCGGAGGAGGCCCACUUCACGGUCCGCAUCCUGGGCACCGGGGCCUUCCGCCUCUCCUGCCUGGAGACGCAGACCAUGAUCCUGCUCGACCCCUUUCCGGCGCUCAAGAGCUCGGAAGCCGGUGGUGCGGAGCGGUGCGGCGGCGGCGGCGGCGGGCAGAAGACCAAGAGCGUGUGCCAGUACGAGCCCGUCUACAUGCAGCUGGCCGACGAGAACAAGACGAUCAACUGCUUCGAGCUGCACGAGCUCCUGGAGGCCUGCCUGCCCAACGACUACAUCAAGGGCUGCGCCAACAUCGACAUCUGCCGCCAGGUGAUUGCGCUGCAGGACAGGAGCGGCAGCGGGCGCAUCACCUUCCAGCAGUUCAAGACCUUCAUGGUCAACCUGAAGGCCUGGCAGGGCGUCUUCAAGAUGUACACCAAGGAGAAGGCCGGCAUCCUGCGGGCCGAGCGCCUGCGCGACGCCCUCUGCGACAUCGGAUUCCAGCUGAGCACGGACAUCAUGAACUGCCUGAUCCAGCGGUACAUCCGCAAGGACGGCACCUUGAGGCUGAGCGACUUCGUGUCGGCCGUCAUCCACCUGACCACGGCCUUCAACCAGUUUCACCUCAAGAACUACAGCCAGGUGAACGUAAUUGAGGUGCACCUGCACGACUGGAUAAAGAGCAUACUGAGUUGCUAGGCAUCCGCUUGAUUGACAUGGUUUCCAACCUUUAUACUUCUGAACUCUUUUUACCCCUUUCUUACCCCUUCGUUUUCUUCUAUAAGUUAAAGUAUUUUUUCAGGAAAAUGAGUGGAACAACAGCAACUACUUUAUUGUGAACCAGAGAUUCAGAGAAACCCCUCGUACUCAAGACCUAUUUGAUGUUCUUCGAUUUGGCCAGAUAAUGUAAUGCGGCUGCAGGAUUAUUAACUACUGAGAAUUUUAUUUAUUGUUCUUAUGGCUACAAUUAAACGAGCGCUGAAGGCGAUACGUGUUCAGAGUAUUUUCAAAA